GAGUAUCCCCCAUUAUGGGACAAAGCACUUCCAUGCCUCUGUCCCUAACCCUUGAUCAUUGGACUGAUGUCCGCUCAAGGGCCCAGAAUCUUUCUUUUUCAGUAAAACGCAGGACCUGGCAGACUCUCUGUACUUCAGAAUGGCCCACCCUCGGAGUCAGAUGGACCCCAGAAGGAUCCUUCUACUUCCCUCUCAUCCGAAAAGUCAGAGAUAUUGUCUUUCAGCCGGGGCCACGUGGCCACUCAGAUCAACAGCCAUAUAUCUUAACCUGGCAGGACCUCUGUGAAUCUCCUCCCACAUGGGUGAAGCCUUUCCUUGUCCCUGCCCCCACUCCGACCCCUUCCCCCACAAUCCUAUCACUCAAACCCUCUGCUCCUCCCCAUCCUCCCCCUCUUCCCUCCAUUCUCCCUGAGUCACAAGAUUUAACUUUACUGGACUCUCCUCCCCCUCCUUAUCCUCGGCCAGACCCGAGCCCUCCAGAGGACUUCCCUGCACUAGCAGCAUCAGCCCCUCCUCCCCUGGAGGAAGCUGGGCCAGCUAAAGGAACCCGCCGAUGAUGAAUAAUAGAAGCCCCUGUGAUGCUUCCUCUCCGUCCCUACGGGCCCAUGAUAGAUGAUGGCCAUGGAGGGGAAAUGCAAGCCAACCAAUACUGUCCUUUCUCCUCCUCAGAUCUAUAUAACUGGAAAAAUAACAAUCCCCCUUUUUCUGAGGACCCCACCCAACUCACAGGUUUAGUUGAGUCGCUGAUGUUUACGCACCAGCCCACUUGGGAUGACUGCCAACAACUCCUGGGGACUCUCUUCACGACAGAGGAACAAGAGAGAAUCCUCUUGGAAGCCAGAAAGAAUAUUCUCGGACCAGAUGGGCGACCAACCCAACUUCCCAACAUCAUUGAAGCUGGCUUCCCCUUAAACCGACCCAACUGGGACCCCAACACCUUUGAAGAGCCCACUUAUCGCCGGGCUCUAAUAGCGGGUCUCCAAGCGGCCGCCAGACGGCCGACUAAUUUGGCCAAGGUAAGAGAGAUUAUCCAAGGGCCUAAUGAGUCUCCCUCUAUGUUUCUGGAGAGAAUUAUGGAAACAUAUAGGAGAUAUACUCCUUUUGAUCCUCAGGCAGAGGACCAAAAGGCAUCUGUUGCAAUGGCCUUUAUCAGGCAGGCUGCCUUAGAUAUUAAGAGAAAGUUACAACGUCUAGAUGGAUUACAAGAUAUGACCUUAAGAGAUUUAGUCAGAGAAGCUGAGAAAGUAUAUUAUAAGAGAGAAACUGAGGAAGAGAGGGAACAGAGGAGAGAGAAGGAAAGGGAACAAAAGGAGGAUGAAAGGAGCAAAAGGCAGACUAAAGCAUUGGCUAUGGUCCUGGUCACAGCAGCAAAUAGGCCAGAAGUUAAAAAGCAGGGAGACAGGAAGGGAUACCUGGGCCCACGCCAAAAGCUGCCCCUGGCCUCAGACCAAUGUGCCUACUGUAAAGAAAAAGGACACUGGGCCAAAGAGUGCCCCAAAAAGAAGCAGCCGCGCCAGCCCACCGUGCUGACUCUAGAAGAGGACUAGGAAAGUCGGGGCUCGGAUCCCCUCCCCGAGCUCAGGGUAACAUUUGAAGUGGAGGGGACCCCAGUGAACUUUGAAGUGGAUACAGGAGCAGUAUACUCAGCCCUUAAGACCCCACUGGGCCCCCUAUCAAAUAAAAGGUCCCUGGUUCAAGGGGCUAAUGGCAGUAGAUAUCGGGCUUGGACAACUAAGAGGACUAUGGACCUAGGAAAGGGAAAAGUCCACCACUCUUUCCUAGUAAUCCCAGAAUGCCCGGCCCCAUUGAUGGGCAGGGAUCUGCUUACCAAACUCCGGGCUAGAAUAACCUUUAACCCUGAUGGUCCCCAAGUGGAGUUUCUAAAUCCUUCAGUAAAAACUCCCAUGGUCACGGCUUUGACUAUGUCAGUAGAAGAUGAACAUCAACUCUUCACGCCUCCUAGGACUGAUCAAACAGGCAAACUACCCCAGAAAUGGAUAAAAGCUUAUCCUAAUGCCUGGGCAGAAACUGCUGGGUUAGGUCUAGCCAUAAAACAACCUCCAAUAGUAGUAGAAUUGAAAGCCUCUGCCUCUCCAAUCAGUGUUAAACAAUAUCCUCUAAGCAAAGAAGCUAAGGAUGGGAUAAGGCCCCAUAUUCAGAAAUACCUGGCUCUUGGGGUCCUAAGGCCCUGUCAAUCAGCCUGGAAUACCCCCCUGCUGCCAGUAAGAUAGCCAGGGACUGGGGACUACCGUCCUGUUCAAGACCUAAGAGAGAUCAACAACAGAGUGCAGGACAUUCACCCCACAGUACCCAAUCCAUAUAAUUUGCUUAGCACUCUGAAUCUGGAGCGGGAAUGGUACACUGUGCUGGACUUAAAAGAUGCUUACUUCUGCUUGCCCCUACAUAAGGACAGUCAGUUGCUGUUUGCUUUCGAGUGGGUAGACCCAGAAACAGGAACAUCUGGCCAACUAACCUGGACUAGACUCCCACAGGGGUUCAAAAACUCCCCCACUCUCAUUGAUGAAGCCCUCCACAGGGACCUCAACGACUUCAGAACUGCACACCCCGAAGUCAUCCUACUCCAAUAUGUGGAUGAUCUGUUACUGGCAGCCGACACCAAGGAGAACUGUGAGUCUGGGACCCAAGCACUAUUAUCCGAGCUUGCUCAGCUUGGAUAUAGGGCUUCUGCCAAAAAGGACCAAAUUUGCCAGCAAGAAGUAAUCUUCCUGGGUUAUUCUCUUAGGGGUGGCAAACUAUGGCUCACUGAGCCCAGAAAACAAACCAUUGUGCAGAUACUGCCCCCAUCUAAUAAGAGACAACUCAGAGAGUUUCUUGGGACUGCCGGCUUUUGCAGGUUAUGGAUUCCUGGGUUCGCGUCUCUGGCUGCCCCUUUAUACCCGCUGAUAAAGGGGGAUGCCCAGUUCCAAUGGACCCCUGAGCACCAACAAGCCUUUGAUAAUAUCAAAAAGGCGCUGCUAUCUGCUCCGGCCUUAGCACUCCCAGAUGUAGAAAAACCCUUUACUCUCUACAUCGAGGAAAAGAAAGAAAUAGCAUGGGGAGUGCUCACUCAGACUUUGGGACCUUGGAAAAGGCCAGUAGCAUACUUAUCAAAAAAACUGGACCCAGUGGCUAGCGGGUGGCCCCAUUGCCUAAGAGCUAUAGCAGCGGCAGCCCUUCUAAUAAAGGAUGCUGAUAAAUUAACAUUGGGGCAGAAGCUAACCAUUAUAGCCCCCCAUGCCCUGGAGAGCAUCAUCCGUCAGCCUCCAGACAGGUGGCUAUCAAACUCCAGAAUAACCCACUACCAGAGCCUCUUGCUUGACAAAGACAGAAUAACGCUGGGACCCCCUGCUCCACUCAACCCGGCUACACUGCUGCCAGAAGAAUCAUCAGGACCCAUUGCUCAUGAUUGUCAACACAUACUGGCAGAGGAAACCAGUGUACGACGAGACUUGAAGGAUCAGCCACUGCCUCGCCCUGAAGUCCUAUGGUUUACGGAUGGCAGCAGCUUCCUCCAAGACGGUAAGUGGCGGGCUGGAGCAGCAGUAGUUAGCGAAACUAAUGUCAUCUGGUCCUCUAAUCUCCCAGAAGGGACAUCAGCUCAAAAAGCAGAACUGAUUGCCCUUACGAAAGCACUGGAACUAGCAACAGGCAAAAUGGCCACCAUAUACACUGAUAGCUGCUAUGCAUUUGCCACUGCUCAUGUGCAUGGGGCUAUUUACCAACAAAGGGGGCUAUUAACCUCCACCAGAAAAGAAAUAAAGAACAAAGAUGAGAUCCUCCACCUUCUCUCGGCAGUGCAGGGCCCUAAGGAACUAGCUAUAGUGCACUGUCCAGGGCACCAGAAGGGGAACAACCCCGUGGCAGUUGGAAACAGAAGGGCAGAUGAGGAAGCUAAAUUGGCAGCCCUAAACGGAGUGACCCUGUUAACUUUUUCCACACCGGGGGAGCAACAUUAUCAUCUGAGGAGACAGAUACAGAACUCUGGGACCCUACAGAGCCAAGUUUACAAUUUCAAAAAGCCCAACUUUAUGUCAAAGAGGUACACCCACUUAGGCUCAAAGAAGUUACAGGCACUCUUAAAGGACUGAAGAAAGGACUUAUUAUUGACUGACUCACAGAGGAAAGAAAUAGCUGAGCAGGUGACUAGAGCUUGUCAAGUCUGCCAAUUAGUUAAUGCUUACCCAUCCAAGCUUCCUGCAGGGAAGCGCUUACGAGGAACCAGACCAGGACAAUUCUGGGAAGUGGACUUUACUGAAAUUAAGCCAGCAAGGUAUGGACUUAAAUAUCUCCUAGUCUUUGUAGAUACUUUUUCAGGAUGGUUUGAAGCCUUCCCCACGAAGAAAGAAACGGCUCAGAUGGUGGUCCAAAAGAUCCUAGAAGACAUUUUUCCAAGGUUCGGCCUGCCUAAGGUAAUAGGGUCCGAUAACGGACCGGCGUUCGUGGCCCAGGUAAGUCAGGGAUUGGCGAGGACCCUGGGGAUUAAUUGGAAGUUACAUUGUGCUUAUAGACCCCAGAGCUCAGGACAGGUAGAAAGGAUGAAUAGAACCAUCAAAGAGACCUUAACGAAAUUAAGCUUGGAGACCAGCAUAAAAGAUUGGACUAUGCUCCUACCUUAUGCACUGUUUCGUGCAAGAAAUAUCCCCUCCGCCUCUUUGUGUAACCUCACCCCUUAUGAAAUUCUCUAUGGCGCCCCUCCUCCAGUAAGGGACUUAACCCCAACUCUGAGACUUAAUGAUUCCUUUCACACCCCCUUGCUUGACAGACUCAAAGCCCUUGAACAAACCCAGCGAUACCUGUGGAAACAGUUGGCCACUGCUUAUCAGCCCAGAGACAAGGGAACCCCACAUCGAUAUCAAGUGGGAGAUUUUGUCUACAUGAGACGGCAUCAGGUGUCCUCCCUGGAACCCCGCUGGAAGGGACCAUACCAGGUGCUGCUUAUAACACCUACAGCGGUGAAGGUGGAUGGGAUCGCUUCCUGGAUCCAUGCCUCCCAUCUGAAGCCUGCGCCCUGUCCGGACUCCGGCUGGAAACUGGAAAAGACUGGUAACCCAUUCGAACUGCGUAUUCGCCAUAUGGAUAGGGCUAUGGACCCUCCCCUUGACCAUCAGCAGUCCUAA